AACCCAAAGGAACCUGUGACAGACAUUUUUCGGUGUGGGUUCAUACCACUUCAAGUUCCCCCUCGGGCAGACAUUUUUGCGGCAAUUUUGACAGUUUCAAAAUCCAGUUACACACACCACUCUUCGUGAGCUUAACCAUCCUACUAUGCUGGAGUUUAGGACAAGGAAUGAUCUUAUCUUCCAAGUUAGAAGCAUGCAAGUUUCUUUUAAUUCUAGAUCGAAGCUUCCAUUGGUGGAUCUGCACGUACUGCGCAUGGAUUUGCUCGAGCUUGGCCGCAAGGGUGCCUCCUCCGUUGGGGCACCUGUGCUGAGCUGCUGGCCGGCGGGUCGGGGCUCCCGGAGCCUUGGCUGCACUGGUGGCCGUGGUGGCUGUGGCUCUCUGAUCUGGGUCAGCGCUACUGCAAUGCUAUCGCUGGCUCGCCCCUGGUCCAUCCCGCGCAGAGCUCUCCAUCCGGGCAACCCCGGAGUGCCCCCUGCCGGAUCUACCUGUCUUGGCCGGAGCCUCUCUGAUCUGCUCCGGGAUGGGUAGAUCCAAUUGGGGAGCAUGCUUCUGGCCGGAGUGGCGACCACAGCACUCUCGUGGUGUGCAUCGGCCGCUACGGCUUUCGGACAAGCGGAUUCAGUCUGUGGUUGGGGGUUGAGGGAGCCUUAGGCGAAAGCCACGCCCGUCGACUUGUUGGCACUGACGACGGUGGCGCCCCUAGGCGUCGCUCACCUUCUUGGAGGCGUCGUCCUUCUUGGCUCUCUUUGCCCUGCAACCACCGAGUCUCUCAAGGUGAAAACCUAGUUCUGGUUCUCCCAGAACGGCGGCGGCGGCGGCGGCAAUGACGUCGUACCCUGCCUGCAGGUGUCGCCAUAGAGAUCACUGCUAGCUGUGUGCAUGAUCUGUUCCUUCUUGCUGGCUGUGUUCAUGUUUGUGCCUUCUUCCUCCCUGCUCUUCAGGGCGAGGCUGGCACUGGUUUUGUCAGGUGGUGUCGUGGUUUGGCGAGCGCACUCUUCCGGCAUCUCUGCUCCGUCGAUGCUCUCCUUGUUGGUGGUGCCAGUAAAUCACAUGCUGGGUGGUGUUUCCACCGCUUCCGCCAUUCCCCUUCAAGGAUUCCUCCCCUUGGAUGGCGUUGGAUGGUGGUACGUGGAGCCCGGAGGAGCUGUCGGUGUCACCAUCAGCUUCAAGGGAGGUCGUCGUGUCCGGUGAGCUGUGGCUUGUGCACCCUUCGCCGCCUUUAGUCCCCAUUCCGUUGGGUGGUCCUUCAGAUGGAGGGCAACAACGGAGCGGCGUAGCUACGAGGGGUGGUGCUGGGUGCAUCGGCCAUGACGAAACCGGCGAGUAUGCUGUUCGGUGGGGGCGCUAGUCGGCGAUCGGUGGUUAUCUGUCAGCCGUGUCGUGCCUUGUCUUUGAACAGCUUGUGAGUUGUGUCUCUCCUACAUGUUGUUCUUGGUGUUGUUUCCAGUUGUUCGAGUUCUUCUCUAGUUCUUUGCUCAUCUGACUGUGUGGAGCUAGUCCGGCAUCUGUGGUUUAAUAAAAUUCUAGUAUAUAAUCAGUAGUGGAUAUCAAUCCCCUCCUGUUGCAUUAAAAAAAGGCACCUGUGAACCUGCUAUUAGCUCAUGGCAAUGGUUCUUGGAACUUGCAUGCUUGAGGGAAUGAGGGUACUGUUCACUGCAGAGUGCAGCAGCCUGGUCGCUUGAUCAGUCGACGAGGCAAAAUCAUGAUACUAGCUAGGUAAGUGGUAACAUGGUCCAAGACCAAGAUGGUUGAUAUCGACUAGUAGAUGAAGGGCAGGUAUCAGCUCUUUUCGUUGCAUCCUAAAGGAACGUCCGUCGCCUUUUGUCAUGCCUACCGCUACCGAAAUCGGCAACAGUUUUCUCAGGUAGCGUACCAACUAGCGAAUGGAAGGCAGCUGCCGAAUCACACCGAUCCUGACACGCCGCCGUGACCUUUUGCCAAACUGCUGGCGCGCACGUCUCUGUCUGAUAUCGAUCGCCGGCGGAAACCCAAUCCAAUGAUGCCAUGCUCUAUUUCUUCUUGGCCCCUCUCCCUCCGAUCAUCCUCUCCGAUUGUGCAUGCCAUGCUGGUUUCCCCCCCUCUGCCUGAAGCCCCGAACAUAACAUCGUCUGGGUGGGAUCGGAGCCAUGUUGUUCGCCAACUUCCUCAAGACGCACCAGCAGCAGCUCCAGAACGACAAGCAGCUCUUGCUGCUUCCCAGGAGGCAGCUGGUCACCUACGCCCUCUACGCGCUCAUCGCCGUCGCGCUCCUCUACCUCUUCGUCGACCCAGCAGCUCCGGCGUCGUCGUCUGCCAAGCCAUCACCACCAGUGGCGGCGCCGUGGGUCCAGGAGGAGGACGAGCUGCUCCCGCCAUCUCCACUGAAUCUUAGCUCUCCUCGUCCUUAUAACUACCAAGGAGAUGAAAGGUCGUUGACGACGACCGCGCCGCCGCCGCCGCCGUGCGACUACUCCGACGGCGAGUGGGUGCCGGACCCACGGCCGCCGCCCUACGACGGCGCGGCCUGCGAGGCCAUAAAGGACGACGGCCGCAGCUGCGCGGCCAACGGGAGGGCGGACACCGGGUACCUCCACUGGCGGUGGCAGCCGCGGCGGUGCGACCUCCCGGACUUCUCGCCGGCGGCGUUCCUGCGCUGGCUCGGCGACCGGCACAUGGCCUUCGUCGGCGACUCGCUUGCCCGCAACCAGGCAGAGUCGCUCGUGUGCCUGCUCUCGGCCUGGUCCCCGCCGGAGCUCGUGCACCGCGACCCCGACGGCCGGUUCCGGCGGUGGGUGUUCCGCGAGCACAACGCCACCGUGUCCAUCUUCUGGUCGCCGUUCCUCGUGAGGGGCGUCGAGAAGUCGGAGCGCGCCGGCGUGCGCUACAACGAGCUGUUCCUCGACGCGUUCGACGAGCGGUGGAUGUCGCAGCUCGGCGCCAUCGACGCCGCCGUGCUGUCGGCCGGCCAGUGGUUCCGGAUCCCCAGCGUGUACCACGACGGCGGCGCGGUCGUCGGCUGCUACGGCUGCGCGGCGGAGCUCAACCACACGGAGACCAGCUUCUUCGCCGUGUUCCGAGACGUGGUCGGCCGGACGCUCGCCGAGAUCACCCGGCGGCGCCACGAGAAAGGUGGCGGCGGUGGCGACAAGACGCCGCAGCUGGUGGCGCUGGCCACGUUCUCGCCGUCGCACUUCGAGGGGGAGUGGAACAAGGGCGCCCCGUGCACGAAGAAGCGGCCGUACAGGAAGGGCGAGAAGGAGCUCGGGUACACCGAGACGGAGAUGAGGAAGAUCGUCGUGGAGGCGGCGGCGGCGGCCAACGCCGCCGCGGCUGCGUCGUCGACGUCGACCGCCCUGCGGUUCGCGGCGCUGGACGUGACGGCGCUGGCCGACAUGCGGCCGGACGGCCACCCGGGGCCGUACAUGCGCAAGAACCCGUUCGCCGCCGGGGAGGGCCGGCCGGUGCAGAACGACUGCUUGCACUGGUGCAUGCCCGGGCCGGUGGACACGUUUAACCAGAUACUGCAGCAGACCAUUCUCCGGUGAUAGAUCGAUCUUGUGUUCAGUUCAUACCUGCGAUCUGUACGGGAACUUGAUGUUCUGUGGCCUGUGGGGAAGUUUUGUUUACGAAUUAAAUACAAAUGUAAAACUACUUCUAAUUAACUUCCGUAGAAGCACAUCCUUCGGUGAUAA